ACCAAGUGUCAGUUUUACAAUCGUUGUCAUUAAUAGAAAACGUCCAAAUGUGCGUACCAUACGGCAAUGAGAUUUCUUUUCGAUUGAUCACGUGACAAAGACCUUUAUAAAUUUAAACGUUUUCUUAUGACAUGAGCGGUUGUCAAAUAUUACUUGGUACGAGAGGCUUGUGUGCGGCAUGCCUAAACUGCUAGAUACUUUAAAUGAAGACAUGAAUGUUCUCAGUUAUUAACUUAAGGUGGGUGAGAGCUUUUGAAUGUCAAAAGUUUUUAUUAAAGAAACUUAAUAGAGUAUAAAGAUAAAUAUAUAAAAAGAAAAGGCGAGAAAGACUUGUUAAGUACUAAAAAAUAGAGGCUCGUAGAGAAAGAGGACGGCCAAGAACAGAGUAAGUCAAUUCGAAAAUAUUAUUAAAAUAUCGAAAAUAAAAUGUAUUUCCUUUCAAUUUCUUACCUUCUUUAUAAAAAUCUAAAUUUCUAGAAUUGAAUAAAUACCUUCCAAGAAAACUGGAUGACUUAUUACGAAGGGCAAAUAUGGGGAAUAUCAAAUGGUCACUACUGGGAAAGUAUUGUCGUAAGUAAGUAUAUUGAAUGAUUAUGUUUUCCAAAUCUACAGAAGCUUUAGGUAUCAAUGGAGAUAUCUUAAUUUAUAAACAACAAUAAUUAUAGUUUUAACAACAAUAUAAACGUUUCACAGUUAGGUAAUCGUCUUCCGCCUUUAAUCUAUAAAUUAAAUAUUCACAUGUGUUUGGCUAAAGAAUUGAACCAAAGCCCCGAUUCCUACGGUAAAUGUGAUCAAUGAGAUGAAACAAUUACAAAACGAACAUUAUUGCAAAAUGGCGAGCCAUAAAUAUUAUACAUUAGUACCAUAAACAAAAAGUUCUUUGUUUAAAAUUUCGUUAUUCGGCUUUUCAAAUCACCGAACGCGCAGCGAAUUAGCAAUACCCACUUUGAAUGUGGAAAACAGAGGCAGAAUGUUUGCCGCCCAACGGCUGAACAGUUGCCGGUUAAAAAAAAAAGCGAUUUCAGGCGAAUGGCGCUUAGACGCAGGCGAUCCCGCCGCCCUCAGUGCCCAUCCGACCGCGGAGGGAAACGCACGUCUCGAUUUCCGGCGCUCCGAACCACGAGACACAUCGCGGCAGAAAAAAUCGUCAAAUUUUCAACGUAAAGUUUACACUCCUUGUGUAUGAACAUAUAAUUUUUCAUGACUUUAAAUUUGUUUAUUUCGUGAACAUUUGGUUUCAAUGUAUAGUGAUUUAUUACAAUAGUGCGUGUACUGUGAGAGACUGCUAUAAAAGCGGGGAAAAGCUGUUAGCUGUCAGCUGUCAGAAACGUUAAGAUGGAAGCGAAAGUGAAGGAAGAGGUCGCUGACAAGGAUUACACGCCGCCGACAUCCACCGAGAGGCGGAAAUCAACCACAGUCCCGAAGGAGCACCGCUCCCCUGAGCAGGAGGAGGCGCGCUCGUCACCCACGCCGGGGCCGCCCAGCCCGCAGCCAAACGGCACUGCAGCAGCCCUUUCCUCCACGGAGUCCCUCUCCCCCCCGCUGGCGGAGGGCUCCCGCUCGGCUCCCGCGCUGCAGCGCCUGCGCAGGUUCCUGUCAGCGCUGCAGCAGUUCGCCACGGAUGUGGGGGCUGACACAGGGGAGAGGGUGCGACAGCUCAUACACAACCUUGUGUCGGGCACGCUGAACAUCGAGGAGUUCCAGGCCGGAGUCCAGGAGUGCACCAACUACCCGCUGCGCGCGUCCGUGCCCGGCUUCCUGCGCGCGCUGCUGCCGCUCGCGCAGAGAGACCUGCACGCCAGGGCUAGGAGAGCUAAACAGACCCCGCUACAGUACAUCAGAUCACACGAGCACUUGAUCUUGGAGUCCGGAGGCGACAGUAGCGACAUCUUCGCGCCGCACGCGCCUGCCGCAGACACCGGAGUCAAACGGCGAGCCAGCGACCCGUUCUACGACGCUCAGACCAACGGCUCCCACGAGGAGUACCCGCCACAAGCCAAGCGCUCCAGCCUCUUUCUGAACCCGUCGCCCUUCCUAUACCCGUUGCCUAGCAACGCCAGCCUGUUUGAUUACGGACACCCCUACCAUCCCUACCAUGGAAACCAGGAAGGUGGCUUCGAGAGGAGAGAUGGGGGCAUAACAGUCCGCGACGUGUCAUCUAUGAACGCGUCAUUCUCUGAGCCGCGGGGGCUGCCCGCGCCCGCCGGCCUGCUGAAGACGGACGACGAGUGGAAGAACAUCAACACCAUGCUCAACUGCAUCCUCAGCAUGGUGGAGAAGACGAAGCGGGCGCUAGCUAUACUCCAGCAGAGAGGUGUAGAGCCCACAGAGAGUAAUGACAUAAAGCGCGCGGCGAGUGAGAUCUUGGCGGCCGCGGUGAGGCAGACGGAGGAGCGCGUCGCCGAGGUGCGGAGACGAGCGGAGGAUGCCGUCAACCAGGUGAAGCGGCAGGCGCUGCUGGAGCUGCAGCGCGCGGUGGGCGCGGCGGAGAGCAAGGCGCUGGAGCUGGUGGCGGCCGAGCGCGGCAAGCCCGAGCGCCGCCACUCGCCGCCGCCGGGCCGCGAGCUCAGCCCCAACGGUAGCUCACAGCAGAACUGUUGCUGGAACUGCGGGCGCAAGGCUCAGGAGACGUGCUCCGGCUGCAACGCGGCGCGCUACUGCGGAGCCUUCUGCCAGCACAAGGACUGGGAGAACCACCACCAGGUAUGCAGCGGGCGCGACCAGAAGCCCACCGCCCUGCGCACCUCGCCGCCCACCACACAGCCCUCCCUCCCGAAGCCUCUCACACGAGCUACCACACCCAGCGCCACCACCACCACGCCGCUACCAGACUCUCGCCUCUCCCUCACCACGCUGAACACUGCGGAGCGGUUGCUAGGCAACGAGAGGCCGGAGAGGAUAACACUAGCUACGCUCUCCACAGCUCAAGGGUUGAUUGGGAUAGGGAAGAAAUGACGCCUGAGUAAAGAGCCCUUUGCGAGCACCGUCAGGUUUCCAAGGAAGGUGAGGAGGUAGACUGGAGCUAGCGUCCAAAUUACUUACAUUUAUUGUACUUUGUUGAUUACUCGUUUCUGUAACUUUAUUCAGUCUUGAAGUUUAUUCAUUGAAUUCUUAAAUGCUAUAUUCUUUUGCAAGUCAAAGUCAAGCGCUGUGAUUGGUUCACAGUUAUGGUGCGAUAGUCUAUAGAUUAGUAUAGAUCAUUAUUUUAUGAACCCAGGAUAAACUUCAACGUCAAUAUGACGACAAAUUUACAGAAACAGUAAAUAAUUUAUUUACCAAAGAUUUAUUUUAAGCAG